AUGGAUGACCUAUACGACGAGUUUGGCAACUUUAUCGGAGAGGCCGAGUCCGAGGAGGAAUCCGACCAUGGCGUGGCGGCGGCGGACGCCUACGUCUACGAUGACGAGCCCGAAGACGAUGAGCCCGUCAAUGACCAGCAGCUCAUGGAGGUCGACGAUGAGGGCCCGUCCAACGCCGUGAUUCUGCACGAAGAUAAGCAGUACUAUCCGACCGCCCAACAAGUCUACGGCCCCGAUGUCGAAACACUGGUACAAGAAGAGGAUGCGCAGCCCUUGACCCAGCCUAUCAUCGAGCCCGUGGUGCAGAAGAAGUUCAAUGUCGAGGAAGCCGAUCUCCCGCCCGUGCGCUUUGCCCGCGACUUCAUGACCGAUCUGAUGAACUACCCGGACCAAGUACGGAAUGUAGCUUUGGCGGGACAUCUGCACCACGGAAAGACUGCGUUCAUGGAUAUGUUGGUGCUGGAGACGCAUGAUAUCCAGGAAAGGCUGGAAAAGCGGGUAGGCCGCAGACGCGACGAGCAACUGCGCUACACGGAUACGCACCUGCUGGAGCGGGAACGUGGAGUCUCGAUCAAGGCAGGCCCCAUGAGCUUGGUGCUGCAGAGCUCCAAGGGAAAGUCGCAUCUGGUCAAUGUUUUGGAUACUCCUGGCCAUGUCAACUUUGUGGAUGAGGUUGCCGCAUCGCUGAGGCUGGCAGACGGUGUGGUGCUGGUUGUGGACGUGGUUGAGGGUGUGCAGGUGAACACCGAGCAAAUAAUCAAACAUGCUGUUCUGGAAGGAAUGGCCAUUACGCUGGUCAUCAACAAGAUGGACCGCUUGAUUCUGGAGCUGAAGCUGCCCCCGGCAGAUGCUUACUUCAAGCUCAAGCACGUCGUCGAGGAGGUCAACACCGUCAUCGAAAACACCAUUCCCGGACAAGGCGCAAAGUACCGAUUGAGUCCUGAAAGGGGCAACGUAGCCUUCGCAUGCAGCACCAUGGGAUGGUGUUUUACCCUUGGAUCCUUUACGAAGAUGUACGCCGACAGCUACCCCGGCUCUGGAAUUAACGCAGAUGAUUUCGCCAAGCGUCUGUGGGGUGACAUUUUCUUCAACCCAAGAAGUCGCAAGUUCACCAGGAAGGCCGUGGAAGAGGGCGCGAGGAGGUCGUUCGUUCACUGGGUCCUGGAGCCUAUCUACAAACUUUACUCCCACACAAUUAGCGAGAGCCCCGAGGAUCUGAAGGAAACGCUGGCUUCGCUUGGGAUCCAGUUGAAGCCUUCUCAGUACAAAACUGAUGCUAAACAGCUCCUCAAGCUCGCCUGUGAGCAGUUCUUUGGUCCAGCCACCGGUUUCGUGGAUAUGAUUGUUCAGCACGUUCCGUCGCCCAUCGAAGGAGCCAACAGGUAUCUGGAGCGGUACUAUACCGGCCCUACGGACACACAAACAGCGGACGCCAUGAAGAAGUGCGAUCAAGAUGGCCCUCUCAUCGUCCACGUCACCAAACUUUUCAACACCACUGACGCAAGAAGUUUUCAUUCAUUUGGACGCGUUCUCAGCGGUAUUGCGAAGCCGGGCGACCAGGUCCGCGUUCUUGGAGAAGGGUACACUAUCGAAGACGAGGAAGACAUGGUGACGGCGACUAUCAGUGACACCUGGAUUGCUGAGUCGAGAUACAAUGCCCCCGUCAGCGGGGUGCCCGCAGGAAACUGGGUAUUGCUCGGUGGUGUGGACAACUCGAUCGUGAAAACGGCAACCAUUGUUCCACCCAAACUCCCAGAAGACGAGGACGCAUACAUCUUCCGUCCGGUCAAGCACUUUUUCGAGUCUGUUCUGAAGGUGGCCGUGGAACCAAUCAAUCCCUCAGAACUCCCGAAGAUGCUCGAAGGCUUGCGGAAGAUCAACAAGAGCUACCCGUUGAUCACAACCAAGGUGGAGGAAUCAGGGGAGCAUGUGAUUCUCGGAACCGGAGAGCUCUACAUGGACUGUGUUCUCCACGACCUUCGGCGUUUGUACGCGGAAAUGGAGAUCAAGGUCUCUGACCCUGUGACUCGUUUCUGCGAGACCGUCGUGGAGACUUCGGCCAUCAAAUGCUAUGCCCUCACGCCUAACAAGAAGAACAAGCUUACCAUGGUUGCAGAGCCUCUGGACCAAGGCAUCGCAGAAGACAUUGAGGCAGGAAAAGUCAACAUCAAGGACCCAGUGCGCGUUGUCGGCAAGUUCUUUGAAGAGAACUACGGUUACGAUUUGCUUGCCUCUCGCAACAUUUGGGCAUUUGGUCCGGAAGACCAAGGACCCAACAUCCUUCAAAAUGACACUCUCCCCUCAGAGGUAGACCAGAAGAUGCUAAGGAGUGUGCGCGAUACCAUUCGCCAAGGAUUCAGCUGGGCGAGCCGUGAAGGUCCGCUUUGUGAAGAGCCCAUCCGCAACACCAAAUUCCGCCUUACGGAUGUCAGUCUAGAUUCUCAACCAAUCUUCCGUGGUGGUGGUCAAAUCAUUCCGACGGCAAGGCGGGCGUGCUACUCCAGCUUCCUGAUGGCGAGCCCAAGGUUGAUGGAGCCUGUAUACUCUUGCUCAAUGAUUGGACCCGCCGACGCUGUUAGCAGCUUGUACACUGUACUCGCACGGAGAAGAGGUCACGUCCUCCAGGAUGGUCCUAUUGCCGGCACGCCGCUUUACUCGGUGAAGGGUCUGAUUCCCGUCAUCGAUUCCUUCGGUUUCGAGACCGAUCUUAGAAUCCACACCCAAGGUCAAGCAACCGUGUCGCUUGUCUUUGACCGCUGGUCCAUUGUGCCGGGUGACCCGCUUGAUAAGGACAUCAAGCUGCGCCCGCUCGAACCGGCAUCUGCGCAAGCAACGGCACGCGACUUCGUGCUCAAGACUCGCCGCCGCAAGGGUCUAUCGGAAGACGUCACCAUCUCGAAGUUCCUCGAGCCGGAGCUGUUCCGCAACUUGAAAGAAAGCGGUAUCUUGGACGGCUGA